AUGCUACCAAGGAUAGUGACGGUACACGUGGUCACGAUUGUACUACUUUGUUGCAGCCAUCAGUCGUUUAGUUUAAAGUUAACGUUGGAAAGCUUCGAGCAAACGCUUGGUGCAGAUGUUAUGAGGCUUGAUCUACGAGUUAGAAAGUAUAACCGAACAUGCUCGGUAAUCAACGGUACUAUUCACAUACUGCAGGAUCAUACCAACGACUAUCGGUUUAGUUUGGACAUAUUUUACAGUCGGCUUGGUAAUCAACAGUUCAAUCACAUGCCAAUAAAGCUCCCAAAUUUGGGAACAUGUGACCUGAUUGAACAUAUGUACGCAAACUAUCGGCCACAGAUGGCACUUAUUGUGAAUGGACCGGUGAAAGGGGAGUGUCCCAUGGCAAUUCGUGAGAUGUAUAUAUAUGAUACCGAAUUCCCUACCGAAGUCAUUCCAAAAACAUUAAUUAGAAAUGGACUGUGGAAGGCGUUAGUGGGCUGCUAUCUCGAUGAAAAGGAGAUCAUGAGGUACAACUUGGUUUUGAAGGCUAGCGAUGACUUAUAA